AUAUAUAUAUAUAUAACAAAUAUAUAUUAAUUUUCAAUAGAAGCAUUAGAAUAUCUUCUAUCGAAUUAAAUAUCGUUCUUAGUUAUUUUUGAGGGCUCGAAUGGGACGGAAAAAACUAGAAAGAUACGAAAGUCUGAUAGGUUAGAUGUGAUUCCAAAAAAUUCAAAUCAGAUCGUCGGUAUCGCUCAAAAAGCUGCGGAUGAUGCCAAAGCUGCACAGAAUGCGCAAAAUCCUGCAGGCGCACAAGCAUCUCAUCAAGUGAAAAAUCAGCUGGCAGGUAAAGCGAUACAAGCAGCAAAAGCAGCGGAGGCAGCACUUGCUGCGAAAGCAGCAAUGGUAGAGCAACUCGAACAAGAGACAAAAGAGGCAGAGACUGUAGUCCAGGAAGAAAGUUCAUCACUCCAACGUACUCAAGAAAACGCGAAUUCUGCUAUGCAAGCAGCACGACAGGCUCAAGAACAGAUCAAAACGUUAGCACAAGCGAUACAAAUAGCAAAUGUGAACAUGGGAAGUGCACGAACAACCGCUGAAGGUGCAAAGAGGGAUUUUGAGGAAAAGCAAGAGCUUUUAGAGGCAUCGAAACGAAGGGUGGAAGAACUAGUGAAGCGUUUGGAAUUAGCCAAAGUUGAACUGGCGGAGACGAAGCAAGCUGCCGAUAAGGCCACCGAGGCAGCACGUCAGGCUAAGAUUAAUACGGAUAGAAACAGACGUGGAAAGAACUUCUUUCAAGAUAUUUAAGAACUUUAAUUAAGAUUACUCUUAAUGAUGAUAGGAGUCUACUCAUCCUAAUUAAUUCUUUCCUUCUCAUUAUUUAUGACCUAUUCACAUCGUGAUACAUUUAAAAAAUAUGUUCCUUUUGUAUCUUUUGUAAAUAGAUAAGUGUAACUUUGUCUUAUUUAAUUUUUUAUGUGUCUAACAGGAAAUAUAAUGUUUAUCUAAUCUUACAGAUAAGAAAACCCAGGAAAAUAAAAUAUUAUAAUUAUAAAGUAAGUAACGAUACUCACGAUAUUGA